ACACACACGUGCCAAUUGUCAGACUGAGACCAGAGCGACGGUCACUUAACAGUUUGCUGGCGCCUUGCGGCUUCUUGACACCGAGCGCAGCUGAGGAAGAGGACGCGGCCAUGGAGCACAGCCACAUCUUCCCCGUUUCCACCGCCAACGAGAGCAGCCGGAGCGUCGGGCAGCAUCCCUCGGAGGGGGCCCCGGGAUGUCCCCUUGGACCGCUGCCUGUCAUCUACUACAGCGUCUUGCUGUGUCUCGGCCUGCCGGCCAACAUCCUGACGGUGGUCAUCCUGUCCCAGCUGGUGCUGCGUCGUCAGAAGUCGUCCUACAAUUAUCUCUUGGCGCUGGCGUCCGCCGACAUCAUGGUCCUGCUGCUCAUUGUUUUUGUCGAUUUCAUACUGGAGGACUUCAUUCUGGCCACGCCGCUCCCGCCGUAUAUAAACAGCGCCGUGCAGGUGCUGGAGUUCUGCGCCAUCCACACGUCCAUCUGGAUCACCGUGCCCCUCACCGUCGACCGUUACAUUGCCGUUUGCCACCCGCUGCGCUACCACACCGUCUCCUACCCGGCGCGCACGCGGAGGGUGAUAUUCGCCGUCUAUAUUGGGUGCCUGCUCUCGGCCGCGCCAUACUACUGGUGGCCGGAGCUGUGGCACAGCUUGCCCGCUGUGGCGAGCGGGGGCGGCGGCGAGAACGACAUCCGAACCGCGGCCCAACACGUCCUGGUGUGGGCUCACUGCGCCACCAUCUACCUCCUCCCCUGCGCCGUCUUCUUCACCCUCAACGCCGUCAUCGUGCGCAAGCUGCGCCGCCGCCGCAGCUGCUUCCGCAUGCGUGGCUACUCCACCGGCAAGACCACCGCCAUCCUGCUCGCCAUCACCUCCAUUUUCGCCGUUCUGUGGGCACCUCGGACCCUCAUGAUACUCUACCACUUCUACUCGUCGCCACCGGCCUCGGCGGGCGGCGGGCGCCUGCUGCACAUGCUGACGGAUCUGGCCAACAUGCUGGCGUUGCUCAAUACCGGCGUCAACUUCUUCCUUUACUGCUUCAUCAGCAAGCGUUUCAGGGCCAUGGCGGCCAACGUGCUGCACGCGCUGGUCCACUGCCGGAAGCAGCCGCAGCCUUUCUAUGCCAGCCACAAUUUCUCCAUCACGAGCAGUCCCUGGAUCUCACCGGCCAAUUCCCACUGCAUCAAGAUGUUGGUGUACCAGUACGACAAAAACGGGAAGCCUAUUUGUAUUUCCUCUUGAAGGCUAAGGCUCAGUCGUCAGCGGGGCGGGGGGAGAGAGGCAACAUCGGGGCUUUUGUCUCCUUGGAGACCAUCCUCGCCUGCAUGGGACUCUUUGGGAAAAGGUCAGCCUACACAGCGGGAACAGCGGUGGCACUUAAGCUAGCUUUGAGCCGAAACAAAGUGUUAUGACAGAAAAGCAUGCUACGGUGACAAAAAGUUGUUCUGAAUUACAGUGAGGGAACCAGUAUCUCUUUGCAAAAAAAAAAAUACAAUCUACAGACUCUCGAGCUCGUCGUCGCCCAAACCACGGACCGACGGCCCUGUAUGUGUGGUUUAUGGGUCGCCAUCUGUACCGGCGGAUUCAUAGCCCGAUGGGAGGCAUCAAAGGCUUUGGUGCUACGAGGUCACCAGUCUAUGAACUAUGAACACCUGCUACUUUAUGUGCCAGAAUGUUCCAGUAAGUCUGAUCAGGGGGGUACUCAGGCACAGCCCCCAAAUUGGCGUGCCCAGCCGUUAUCCUACAACAACUAGUUUUAAUAUGCAGAAGAGUCUUUAAGAGCCCUUUUUUUUCCUCCCCUUUCGGUGCUCGCUCUGAAAUUGACAAGCUCGUUGUGACAACUGUGUAUAUCGUCGGUCCAAUAUGUAUUCACGCUAGACUGUUACUGUAGCUUCACAAAGAUGUUCAGCAGUAUGGCUAUGAGCUAGUUAUCGUCGUUUCCAGUAUUAGAAAGAGGAAAUUUCUGCCAUUAGUGGAUAGUCCUCUGUGAACUAAUAAUGGCCCUGGAUGAUUUACCAUCAGCCAUGACCUGGAUGAAUAUAAUGAAUGUCAUCAAACGUCUCUUUAACCCUUUAUUGGGAUACAUUUGAACAAAUGGGCUGUACUUUAAGGGGCCAACACGGUGCCAUAGUGGCUAGCAAAUCUGCCGCAUAGUUCUGGGGUUUGGGUGUCAAAUCUCGGCGCCGCCCUGUGUGGGGUUUGCAUUGCCCCCCCCCCCCCGAGUUACUUUUCUGAGGGCACUCUGGCUUCUUCACACAUUCCAAUGACAAGCAUGCUAGCUUCGUUGAUGACUCGAAAUUGUCCUUAGGCGCGAGUAGGAGCGUGAACGGUGAUUUGUCCCGCGAUUGACUGGCGACGACGCGUUAAGGGUGUCCCCCGAACUCUCACUCGUCACGCUAAUGAGGACAAGUGCGAUAGAAGAUGGAUGGAUGGAAGGUUUGAACGCACUCUGUAGCGGUACUAACAGCAACCAGGUAGCCGUCAACACAGCGCACUGGUUGAAAGCGAAGUGGGGGUCCUUGGUUCAAGGUGGGAGCGAUAGAUGAGAUUUUUGGGCUUACGAACUGUCUUCGUUGAAUGACUUUGCUGGGUGGAAAUUUAUUUCGCGGCACAAGAAGGUUUGCUCAGGUCUGCUCAUACUUUGAUUUAUGUGGAUGACCUCAAGUCUGUUGCCUGUAAUUAGGACUUGACUGCUGCAUGAGCGAAGGUCACUGAUGGACGACGGUACGUUCCAAGGAAAGAAAUUUUGGUUUACGUCGCAAACCGAGGACCCCUCGGACACAAAAGAGUGUGAAUUGAUUGAUGCAUUCGGUGAAAAGGUGUCAUUUGGGACAAAUCUCUCACCCUUCAAAUUUGUUUCUCCCAUCAAAAAAAAAUUGCCUUCCUCCACCCACGAUCAAGCGGUGACUUUGAUUUUGUUCUCAUGCAUCCCACUGGCUGAUCAAAGUUCAGACCUAUUGAGGCACAUCUCUCUCAAGUGUCAAAAGAGUGUCUUGAAAUUGCAAAUGGCUCUUGCAGAAACCUUGCAUUCAUUCAUCCAUCAGUCGCCUUGAAGCCGGAGAUUGUUUGACGUGGGCUGAUUGAGUUGAGGCCUUCACAUUCGAACAUCCGGCAUACUUUCACAUGUUAAUUCCAACUUGGCAACUCAUGAUGCCAAAAAUUUUGCUGCCACGCCAAAGUAUUCUUUUUAUUUUUUUUUUAACUUGUAACAGUGACUGCAUGUUACCAUGGUGAAGAUGCCGUUUGUAUUAUGGUGCGUGUCACCAUUCAGCAUCGCGACGUAUGUUUUGGAGAUAUUAUGAAAUGUAUUGAGUGUUUUGUCCCGGCAAGACGACAAUCCAAAUCAUGGAAUUUAUUUUUGACGUAGGAGAGUUGCGCACGUCUUUGUCCUGGCUGCUGGGGACAAUAUGAAGAAUGGAAUGUACUUAGUCCGUCAAAGACUCUUUGACUCACGAAUACAACAUGUCGGUGGAAAUACAAUUUUCCAUGUCUCGCUAAAGAGCAACAGUUGGGCUCAUGUGGUUCCAGCGUCUCUUUCCAUCAAAGAUAACUGCCCCCCCCCAACCCCCGUUUCUCCUCAGCCACGUGUCGGGAUAGAUGAGGAGUUCGGCCAGUCCAAUCGGCGUGUUUUUGUUCCACUCAAAUUGAUUUUCCUCCAAAUUACAAAGCGAAAUGAGGGAGUUUGGCUUGCCACCUGCUCCUCUGCUUUCCUCCUGUCGUUCAACGCGCGCUCUUUGCUUCCACUUCAUGUCCAACCCACCUGCGCAGUCUUUAUUUUCAACUGCCCUCUUUAUCCGUUGGCUGACAGCCUGCACGGUUAAAAAAUAGAAAAGACAUAUUUUUGUACAAUGUUACUUCAUUUUCUUAUGUUUGAUCCCCCCCCCCACCCACCCCAUUAUUAUUUAUGUGGCAAAAUGUAGCAUUUUCAGCUCAGCAUGUGCUUGUUCCUGCUCAGAACACAAGCAUUGUCAUUUUUGCCCAUCACAUGAACAUCACCUUUAAAAUGCGGUAAAUGUCCAUCAGUAAUUCUGAUAAUGUUGCGUAGCUUCCAGUUGAUUGUCUUUUGGAUCUCACAUCACAUUCAAAAGGUUGAGCUGAGGUAAGUGCCUGUGAGAUUAAGUGUGUAGAGGAGCUGCACCAAAAGAAAAAUCAAUCGGCAGUCGUCAUUUAGUGAGGGACUUCACCUCCGCUCCCUCAAAGUCAGCCCAAAGCGGCGGGUCAUCGCAUUUCAUUUAGCACCAGGGAGCACUUGCGCUACAUGCUAUCGUCAAUGUUGCCGAAUGAUUCGGUGGUUGAUCAUUAAAAAUUAAGA